AUGAAUUAUAUUGCAAAUAUAGUCCGCGGAUGUGUGGAUGAGCAACGGCGGACGGUCGAUGACACACUAGACCUUGUCACGUGUUCAGCUACCAACACAUUGCCAUACCUUGUCACCCAGUCGACAAAGUGGAUGCCAGUGAAAAAAGCCAGGGGAGGAGGAGGAAAGAAAGCUAAAGUUAUGGCUAGCCAAAAGAGCACAAUCUGGGCAUUUCUGAACAUGUCAAAAAUGCGCAGAACAGGGGAGCAAUUCAACCGUGGGAACUACUCCGAUAAAAAUGCAAAAAUCAAGCAAAGUCAAGCAAAGUCUGAACGAGGAUUCGACCCGGGCCAUAAGGAUAAGGAUAAGGAAUACAAUAGUCAAGACUACGAUAGCAAAAAAUCAAGAAAACAAGCAAAAGACAAGGAUAAGGAUCACGACGGUCAAGACUACGAUACGAUAAGCAAGUCAAGGAUAAGAAACGCGAUAGUCAAGACUACGAUACGAUAA